UCCCACACAGCUCUGAGCUCAGCACCGCGCUGCUGGACCCUGCAGCGGGAUGGAGACCCUCGGGAGUGGAUGGCUCUCACCCAGGCUUGUGCUGUGCUGUGCCUUCUGGGGACUCUGCCUGGCCUCUCCAGACUACGAUGAUUACUCUCAGAACAGCACCAAUGAGCAGGUAACAACACCGGAGAUCACACCGUGUCCCCGAGCCAUCCCCGGGGAAAAGGCAACCAUAAACAACAUCACGUACCUGCUGAUACACGAGGCCACCCGCUCUCAGCUGGGCAGCGUGGUCACAGUGCGGCUCAUCCCCUGCCUCUACACCCUGGUGUUCCUGGUGGGGCUGCCUUCCAACGGGCUGGCCCUGUGGGUCCUGGCCACCCGGGCCGAGAAGCUGACCUCCACUGUUUUUCUGAUGAACUUGGCUGCAGCAGACCUGCUGCUCACGCUGGUGCUGCCCUUCAAGAUUUUCUACUAUUUCCUGGGGAACAACUGGCCCUUUGGGGAAGGCCUGUGCCGGCUCACCACAGCUUUCUUCUAUGGGAACAUGUACUGCUCAGUGCUGCUGCUCACAUGCAUCAGCGUCGACCGGUAUCUGGCUGUGGUGCAUCCUUUCUUUUCACGCUCUUUCCGCACCCCUGCCUUUGCUGCCUGCACCUGCACUGCCAUCUGGCUCUGUGCUGCCGUCCUCACCCUGCCCCUGACGCUACAGCAGCAGUCGUAUCCCCUGUACGGAGCAGACGUCACUCUCUGCCACGAUGUUCUCCCCAGGCAUGAGGAUGACGGGUAUUAUUUCUACUACUUCAUCUGCCUGAUUGCCUGCGCAUUCCUCGCUCCUCUGGUGGUGAUGCUCUUCAGCUACUGCUCCGUACUGCGAGCCCUCCUGGACAGUGGGAAGCGAUACUCCUACUCUAUGAAGCUCACCGCUCUCGUGCUGUUCACACUGGUGGCCUUCUACACACCCAGCAACGUUCUCCUCCUUGUUCAUUACUCCAGCUAUAACUCCAAGCUAUAUGGCAACCUGUAUAUCAGCUACAUGGUAAGCCUGGCCAUCAGUACCUUUAACAGCUGCGCUGAUCCUUUUGUCUACUAUUACGUUUCUGAAGACUUCCGGGAUAAGGUGAGGAGUAGAUUCUUCAGUCACAGAAAACAGAACACCACAUCCCUAAAAACCUCCAAGGAAACACUCCCUCAGAAAAGUUCCAAAGACUCACUGGUGUAAGCCUCCAUCCCAGCUCCCUAGGUACUCACAGCAUACACUGGGGAUGAGGUGAAGAGAGCACCGGGAUCCCACAACUUUCAUCCAGAGCAGUGAGAAGUAUUUCCCAGGAGACAAAUCCUUUCUCCUGUCUGCACAGCUAAGACUGAAUAAACCUGGGCCACGGGCUUCCUGGAGAGGUGUGGAGUCCAGGCACGAUGGGGGAUGCUGAACCUGUAUAGGUCUGUUACUGGGACACUGCAUGCAACUUCUCAUCUGGUCACACACUGCUGGGGAUGCUCCUGCCGAUACACCUACGUCUGGUUUCCCUAAUGCAGCUUGCAGACUAGUUGCUAUUUGUGUUCUACUUCUUUUUCUGCUACCGACUUGCUUGCUGUCCUUAAACAUCUGCUACCGACUUGCUUGCUGUCCUUAAACAUGUAUUCCAUUCAUGUAAAACUGAAAAAAAAAAAAAAACAGGCACAUGCAAAACCAAAUUUCUAAAUGUUUCAAAAGUACUAGGAGGUACCUAUGUGAGAGGUACUCCCUGGAACUAAAAUACUCUGUCAAGAGAAUGUAGAGCACUGGCUUCUUUAGCAAAUACAUUCUUAGUUUGAUUAGUAAACACCACUAUUGGAAUGUCAGCCCACUGUUGGUAACCAGUGUUAAAAUCCCAUUCACUGAGCCCUAGUUUUGCAAAUGACCCUUGGCAUCCAUAAUUUCUUUGGGGCAAAGAUUGUAUUAAUGGAUUUUUUUAAAAAUUAUUAUGUCUCGUGAAGGGAAAUAUUAAAGGAGGAAUUGAGAACCCCCUUGCUGUAGAACUCCAUACUUCUUUUGUGUAAUGUCACACACAACCAAGAGCUGUCUCUUAUGAAACAGGUGACCAGGCUUGUUGCUUAUUGGAACCUAUUGCAAAUUUGACAAAAUGCAGCCAGCUCAUCUCUUAGACACAACUAGGGCAUAUCCCAGUAAGCAGCAAGGUAGAAAAUAAGUGGUAAACCUCCUUAGAGUUCCUGAAU